AUGAUUAUUUCACUUCUCACUGGACUCACGCUUGGAAGUGGUCCGUUAGCCUCAGCGAUUUGUAAUAAAUACGGAUGUCGAGCAACGACAAUCACCGGCGCACUCAUUGCCGCGGUCGGGUGUGGUUUAUCAUAUUUUGCCACGGAGAUGUGGCAUAUCGUGUGCUCCGUCGGCGUCAUCAUGGGAGUCGGAUUUGGCCUCAUGUAUUGUCCAGCGAUUGUCAUUGUGACAAUGUAUUUUGAAAAGCGGAGGUCAUUAGCUACGGGCAUUGCUGUUGCUGGCGCUGGUGUCGGUACAGUAUUGUUCUCGCCGAUCAACGAGUACAUUAUCAGCAACCACGGAUGGCGAGCAGUAUUUCUUGCAUUCGAAGGUGUUUCUUGCGCCCUGUGUGUUCUCUGUGGCUGGACUUUCCGGCCAUUGCAGUUCCGAGAGGUAAGCGAGGAGGAAGAGGCUGAAGACAGUAUUGAGAUGAAAAAGCCGAAGGAUACUGCAAUCGAGGAGAAUUUUGCUGCUUCUUUCUUCAUAAGUUGA